GAAAAACUGUGAUAAAGUCUUCAUAACUUUCACUUACGGUUACAAACUCUGAAGUAACUAUAGACAAUAUCUGUUUUACAUUCAAUAUAUUAAUUUGAUUACGUCUAGUAUGAUGUCCGAGGUUCAUUUACAUAUUUUUGAAGAGAAACUUAUCUGAAACUGUGCCAUGAGUUAAGUACUGUAUUUUGCUGCAUAAAAUAGCGAUACGAAUAAACACGAUUGCAACAAUCAACUGUGGGAAAGAACGAACCAGAUUCCAGCGGAGGAAGAAAUUAGGAAGAAGCGCUGGAAAUGGAUAGGACACACAUUGAGGAAAGCACCGAACUGCGUCACAAGAUAAUCCCUCACAUGGAAUCCUCAAGGCCGAUGGAGGAGAAGAGGAAUACCAAAGAACACAUUACGCCGAGAAAUGGAGUUAGACAUGAGAAAAAUGAACAAGAAUCGGAUGGAAUUAGAAAAGAAGGCCCACGGCAGAGUGGGUUGGAGAAUGCUAGUCGGCGGCCUAUGCUUCAUUAGGAGUGACAGGCGUAAGUAAGUAAGCAAGCAAUAUCCCUCUAAACAGUUGUUUGAGUUACUGAACAGUGUUUGUUCAUAUCUAGGUGAAUAUUUUCACCCAGUCAUCUAAAGUUAAUUUAAUUUGAACAUCAAGGCAUUUUUGGUAACGAACAAAAAUCAGUUAGAUAAUAAAAAACGGGGAAAUAUUGUUUAAAUCUUUGAGACCAUAUCUAUGCACGUAGACAACUUUAUACGGGAUCAAACUCAGAACCUAAAUGUUUCCAAAUGAAUACAAUGCCUUCAAAUCACGGAAUUGACGGGUCACGUUUCCAACCUCAGUAAUCUUAUGAUAUAAUGUUACGAUUAUUGAUAGUCAUCACUAAAAAUUCUUACAUUUCUAAUACAAUCAAUGUUCACCGAUCACUGCUUCUAACUAGAACCUUGAGAGUUCGCAUGAAAUCUAGUGUUCAAUCCUCGUCAAAUUUCUAUGAUUAUUAAACUGAUUUCACCCCUUGAUAAUAGCUAGUGUUAAUUUGACUAACAAAAAUAACAUGUAGAAGGUGAUUAUUCUAAGUAUAAUUAUCAAAAUUAGAAAUUAAUUUUAUCCAUGUAAAGGUUGUAGCUUAUAAAGCAUAAACAAAAGUAAAUAUUAUCUUAACUUUCUCAUCUUCACAAUUAUGAUAUUUCGAACUGACUUGAUUAAUUUUAUUCAACAGGAUUCAUUUAACUUCAUAGAUACAUAUCUCGUCUCUAUUUAGUCUAGAUCUGUCAAAAUCAUGUUUAUGUACUUGAAAAUUCCUAGAUUUAAGUAUUACACAGAAAAAAUAAGAAUCUAGAGAACAACAACGAAUUAGUCGAGAAAUUGAACGUCAAUUACAUAAAGACAAGAAUACAGGAAGAAAAGAAGUGAAAUUAUUAUUACUUGGGACUGGAGAAUCCGGUAAAAGUACUUUUGUAAAACAAAUGCGAAUUAUACAUGGAGCUGGUUACACAGACAUGGAAAAAUAUGCUUUUAAAACUUUAGUAUAUCAGAAUAUCUUUCUAGCCAUGCAAACAAUGUGUGAUGCACUGUGUGCACUUUCAAUAGAAUUAGAAUAUCCUGUAAAUCAAGAAAAUAUGGAACUUAUCAUAAAAGUUGAUCUUGAAGAUUCUGUUGAACUGACACCUGAACGUAUCAAUGCUAUACGUCAGUUAUGGGCUGACCAAGGAAUGAAAGAGUGCUAUGAACGUAGAAGAGAAUUUCAAUUGUCCGACUCAUCGAAAUACUAUUUGAACAAUUUUGACAGAAUAGCUGAUCCAAAUUAUUUACCAAGUCUACAAGAUAUUUUACGUGUACGCGUACCAACAACUGGUAUAAUUGAAUAUCCGUUCAAUUUGGAUUCUACGGUUUUCAGGAUUGUGGAUGUGGGCGGUCAAAGAUCAGAACGAAGAAAAUGGAUUCAUUCCUUUGAAAGUGUAACUUCUAUUAUAUUUUUAAGUGCAUUAAAUGAAUAUGAUCAAGUUCUUGUAGAAAAUAAAAAUGAGAAUCAGUCAACACCGAGGUGUACAGAACAAGCUAUGAAACGCAUAUGGAGAAAUUCGAACACUUCACUUCUAUCUGAAGUUUGUGCUGAUGAUGUCGUUCAGAAGAACGAUAAAAGCUCCAUGACCAAACCAUCCGGCUUAGAGAACAAAACCAUCAAAAUCAUCCACCUGAGCUACAAAUCUUCUCCACCAUCUCAGUACUUAUUUUGUCCGUCUUUUAUGUAAAGGAUUUCUAAUCCUAGUGUUAUUAACGUUUUAUACUAAGAUUUUUCGUUAUAAGCAAAAUGAUUAAAGUUUUAUCAUGUAAUUAUUUCAUAUCUUACAACACCUUUGACAUUUAACAUAAAAAUUUUCAAUUUCAAAUGAAAACUGUGUUAGAAAUUCUGUUCUAAUAUCAUCUUAUGUAAAACGUGCAAUUUUAUACAUUUACUUUCAUUAAUCAACUUUCAUAAAGAAAUUGGGAUAUUAUUUAAAGAAUGAAGUGAAUUAGUUUUCUUUUUUCUAAAGAUUUUUUCUUCAGUAUAGAUAGAUAGUAUUAACUGUCAUAUAUUAAUGAAAAUAUUUAAGGUUAAUUUGAAGGAAAAUACCUAUUCAUUAUCACAUGUUAAAUUUGUACAGUUAAUGUUGUAUCUAUUCAAUAUACACAAUAAAGUAUUGAAA